AUGGAAGCGCUUUCACUUUCGCUUGAACCUGCCGUUUUUCUGUCUGCAUUAUUUGUCAUUCUGUCAGUCACUUACUAUAUUUUACAAAGGAAGAGAGGGCAAAAUAACAAAUAUCCGCCAUCAUAUAAAGGCUGGAUCCCGUGGAUAGGAUGUGCUUUUGAGUUCGGGGUGGCUCCACUUGGUUUUAUAGAUAAGAAGAGGAGGGAGCUGGGUCCUGUAUUCACGUUCCAUGUGGCGGGGGAGAGACUAACAUUCCUGACGGAAGCUGAAGACUUCCACCAUUUUUUCCAGUCACCGAAUGUCGAUUUCCAGAGAGCGGUGCAGGAUCCAGUCCAGAAUGUUGCUUCUGUUAGUGAAGAGUCUUUCAUGCAGAACCACACAAAAAUCCAUGACAUGUUAAAGGGACGACUAGCCUCUUCACGGCUGAAUGAAGUUACUCCCCAUCUUCUUCAACAGUUUAAGGAGAGAAUACACACUGUGUUUGGCUCAGAAGGAGAAGGUGAACUAUUCAACUUGGUCAGAAAAACUAUGUAUGCUGGCGUCAUAAACAACUUGUUUGGUGACAGCAUACUUCCAACCGAUGAUGCAGAGGAGUUUGAGAAGCUGUGUAAGCAUUUCAUCGUAUUUGAUGAACAAUUUGAGUAUGGAGCAAGACUUCCUCCCAUGUUCAUCAGGGACUGGUCAACAGCAAAGCAAUAUCUUCUAUCAAAGUUCAAAGCAGUAGUGUCCAAGUUAGAGAAUCAAGAAACAACAAAGAAUCAGACAGUUCUGCAGACACUGUUUAGUAUAACAGACAGACCUCAUGCUCCAAAUUAUGCUUUGCUGUUACUUUGGGCCUCCCUGGCCAAUGCUGUUCCUCUGACGUUUUGGACACUGUGCCUAAUUCUCAAUAAUAAGGCAGUUUUACAGAAGCUUCAAUCACAGAUCGAGAACACAAUGGGAAAUAUUCCAGAGGACCAGUGGGAAUUCAGUGAGGAGUUUCUGAAGAAAAUGCCCUAUCUUAGGAGCUGUGUGUUGGAGGCCAUUCGGUUACACCCGGUGGGGGUCAUUACACGAAGAGUGAUGACAUCAUUCACAGUCAGAAAUUUUGUUAUUCCUGAAGGAGAUAUGUUGAUGGUGUCCCCAUUCUGGAGCCACAAAAAUCCCAAGUAUUUCCCAGACCCACAUGCAUUCAAUCCAGACCGAUGGAAGACAUCUGACCUAGAGAAGAAUAUAUUCCUGGAUGGUUUUAUUGCAUUCGGUGGAGGACGCUACCAGUGCCCUGGGAGGUGGUAUGCUCAGAUGGAGCUUCAGAUGUUUGUUGCCCUAUUCCUGCACAAGUACAAAGUCACGUUAUUGUCGGAUCAUGAGCCUAUGCCUAGCUUUAAACAUGUGGUCGGGACGCAGCAACCAUCCGAGCCAUUCCUUGUUUCCUACAAAACAAGGACUCAGUAAUGCAAGAAGGUUUGCUUGCAUGAAGUAAAACUCAAAAACACACUGCAGCGAUACAUUCUAUGCAAAUUUUUAUGAUUUUGUUUUUCAUAUACAUACAUCAUCAAUGAAUCAUAAAAUUGCAAAUUGUCGUUAUAAAUUUCCAUGUGGUACAUGUAUAAAACAUAGCACUGUAUUUAUGUUGUCGUAAUUUGAACUUGAUAUUAUAAUUAAAAAAAUCAUUUUCAAAUAUGCAUUGAAACAUACAUGUAUUGAGAACAAUAUUUUAAAAAGGUUGGUGUAUGAGUGCUGAGUUUUAGCACAGUAAUUGAAUACUUCAGAGUGUGUACUAUUUUUUCCCAUAUUUUUAUAAUUAUUUGAUAAUAGAAAUAAUGUAUAUUUAUUACAUUGUCUAAUAUGUUUCAUAUGUACUCAUAGGAAAAUCUUAUCACAUGUUUCCGAAGUGCACAAAAUUAUAUGUAAAUUGUCUUCCUUAAUGCCUAUAUAUAUACAGUAAUUAAUUCUAAUUGUUAGUUCACAAAAAUAUAACGACAAUUAGCCAAUCUAAUUAAAAUUAGAUGUUGGAUCCGCUCGCAUACUCGCUACACAAACAUCUAACAACAUCCCGUAGAGGGUCACGUCAGAGGUCAAAUUCGAUUGACCAAUGAAAUCACCGCUGGCAAAAUCAUUGAAUGUUGAAGCCGAUAAGUCUAGAGUGAUACCAAAUUUGACCUCUGACGUGACCCUCUAUGGGAUGUUUUUAGAUGUUUGUGUAGCGAGUAUGCAAGCGGAUCCAACAUCUAAUUUCAAUUAGAUUGACAAUUAGCCAAAAUACAAAUUUAAAUCUUAAUGCUUUAAUGUAUUUUUGACGACUACGGCAUAUCCUAUUUUGGGUGAAAACAGCAUGGGAUCCUUAGAAUCACGUUGUUGUAGUCAUAAUUUUCAUCUGAUUUAGAAUUUUGAGAAUUUGUCUUUCUUUGAGGAUGAGAUAGAUAUUCUUAUAAUCAUAGAUUUACUCCGUUUUACAUACAUCAUAAUGAAUUUUAUUUACCAGGCAGAAAUUUGAAAAUAGCAAAUAUUAGAAUCUAUUUUUAUGAUAAGAAUGUUGAAAAGUGUGUUUUGAUGGAUUUUGUGAAAGAAAUAUAUUCCUGUUUUGUUUAAAAACAAAAACAAUCAAGGGGGGAAAAAUAGGUCAUUAUUGUGAUACAAACCCUCAAGAGUGAUUCAGUAACGAGAAGCCAUGCGAAUCUAUCAUCUGACUGAUGAUUAAUAGAUUUCUGUAUACAUUUGUAUCUGGCAAAUAUUACUCAAUGAAACUUCUUUGAAUUGAAGACACCCAGAGAGGAGAUAAAUUAUUUUUGAAAAAAUUAGUAAUUCUUAUCUCUCUGUAGUCUCAGUGUAUUCAUUGCUUUCUAGAAAUAGCCGAGAUUGAAUUUUAUGUAAUUCUUGAAAAAUAGCAUGUCUAUGUUUGUUUCAUUGUAUUCAAUGUUACAGUAAUGUUGUGUAUAAAAUUGUCCACAUUGUUCAUCUGUUUUGAGGUAUUUCUUGACAUACAUGCAGCAGCCAUGAAUAUUCUAUAUCUAGAGAAGCUCUGAAAGAUGAAUAACCUGGAUAAUUUACUUGUCAUGUAUGGACAUUUCUUUGAUUGAUUAAGAGUCUGUGAUAUACCUGUACAUUUGUUAGCUGUAUUUUGUAUAAAAAAAAAAAAAAAAAAAAAAAAAAAAAUUAACCACUCAUUUUCCAUAACACUCUAUUCUUAGAAUGGAAGUGUUACUUGUAACUAUGAGUUGAUUUUCUCGUAAUUAUGAGGAAAUAUCUUAUGCAUAUGAGAUGAUAUUAGAGUGACAUCAAAUGUUUACAUCAAUAUAAUCAAUAAACUGACAAUUUGUUACCAUA